AAAUUUCAUAGUUCUCAGCCAGAUCUUAAUUUGAGAAACGAGAAAGUGAUUAAGGAAUUAAUGGAUAUAUUUGAUUUUUGGUUAGAAAGAAAUGUCGAUGGUUUUCGGAUUAAUGCAGUGCCUUAUUUUUUCGAAGACAAAGCCUUAAAAAAUGAAUCCUUUGUAGGAAGGAAUAUUUACACUUUUGGUUUUCCUGAAAGCACUGCCCUUCUUUAUGUAUUUUGUGAACAUAUUGAUAACUGGGUAUCAAGUAACGACAUCAUCAGAUUGUUAAUCGCAGAAUCAUAUGAUAUUUCUGAUGAUAAUUUAUUGGCGUAUUAUGGCAAUAAUACGCAUAAAGGAAUUGCACCAUUCAAUUUUAAAUUGAUCACACAUAUUCGCGACAGUAGUAAUGCUACUUAUAUUAAAUACAUCUUAGAGAAAUGGCUUAAACUUCUUCCGAAAUACACCAAAACUAAUUGUGUGUUAUCAAACCAUGACAAUUCAAGAGUAGCUUCAAGAAUUGGGUUCAACCGAAUCGACGGCCUUCACAUGCUUAGUCUUCUAUUGCCUGGACAAGCAUACACAUAUUAUGGCGAAGAAAUAGCUAUGUUAGACACAAAAAUACUUUGGAAUAGUACCAUUGAUCCCAUGGGUUGUGCCAGAGGCAUAAAUGAAUACAAAUAUUUUUCAAGAGAUCCAGCUAGAACUCCCAUGCAAUGGAAUUCCAAAAGUUCAGCUGGUUUCUCUAUAAAUGAAACCAUAUAUCUCCCUAUUCAUCCUAAUUAUGUUAAUAGAAAUGUAGAAAUUCAACAAAAUAGAAAAAGAAGCAAUUUGAAAACGUAUAAAGAGCUGGCUAUUCUAAGGAAACAGCCAGUUUUUACUAAUGGAGAUUAUGAAUUUGCAAGUUUAAAUAAUGAUCGCGUGUUGGUGUUAAAAAGGUCUUUGAAAAAUUAUCCAGUGUAUUUUAUCGUAAUUAAUUUGGGUCUACGGCAAGAGAAAGUUAAUCUGAUUUCAAUUCAUGCUAAUUUAAAAAAUACUUUAAAUAUUAUUGUGGCUUCUAGCAAUGCAAUUCGCGUCACAGGUACUGUUCCAUGGGCUAAUUUUAUAUUAACAGCAAAUGCUGCGGUUGUAUUAAAAAGCGAAGAAGGACAAGAACAAACCACAACUAAACCAGUUACCACAACAACAGAAGAAGAUACUGUUUCCACUGAUUCCACUGAAAAUACAUCUUUAACAACUAAGGUAACCAGUUCUACUGAAAAAUCUACAACCGAAAGUACGACGAAAAAAGUAGAAGAAAUUCCACAACAAAAUCAGACAAUAAUGCAAUGUUAA